UCUCUAAGGAAGCGCAUUUCCUGCCUCCCCAGGCCGGGCUGGAUGAGCCAGGAGCUCCCCACCGCUGACGGUCAUACCCCAGCCUCCAUCUGCAGCCACAGCCCCGGACUGCUGCCACCGCUGCCCUCCACGGGAGCCCAGCACCCCCUCCCCGCUCAUCCCUUGGCCAGCGACCCCUGGCCCGGCCCUGCACCCCUGUGCCCACUUCUCCUGACCCCUCGGCCGCCACCUCAGAAGGCUGGAGCAGGGACGCCGUUGCUCCGGCCGCCUGCUCCCUUUGGGUCCCCGCACGAGCCCACGCCGGCCCCCGCGCCCGCCUGCAGCCCUGCCCCUGGACACCGGAUAAGGCCCAGCACACGGACCCCCGGGUGGACAGCAUGGACCGAAGCACGCUCGCCCUGGUCAUGGCCCUGCUGCUGGCCGUCUGUAGCCUCAGUCCCACAAGUCGUGCAGAAACUGUCCAUUGUGAUCUACAGCCUGUGGACCCCGAGGUGACAUAUUUCACGAGCCAGGUUUCUGAGGGCUGCGUGGCUCAUGUUCCCAACGCUACCCUUGAAGUCCACAUCCUCUUCCUGGAGUUCUCAAGGGAAGUGUCAGAGCUGGAGCUGACUGUCCAAAUGUCCCGGCCAAAUGGCACCCGGCCCCGAGGGGUGCUCCUGGUCCUCCGCGUAGACAAGAGUGUUGUCCUGCACCUGCAGACCCCAGGAAUCCCACUCCACCUGGCCUUUAACUCCAGCCUGGUCACCUUGCGAGAGUCCCCAGAAGUCAACGACACACACCUGCCAGUCUUCACCGAGAGCCAGGUCCUCAACUGGGCAUAUACAAAGGGCGCCAUCACCUCUGUUGCCAAGCUGAACGACCCCAGAAACAUCCUCCUCCGUCUGGAAAGAUCACCAACCUCCUGCAUUCCUGAACCCCACAUGGACAUGGGCCGCAUGCUCGAAUGGCAGCCACUUGCCGGGGCCUCGGUCCGCGGGUGCCACUUGGAAGGUGUGACCGGCCAAAAGGAGGCACACAUCGUUAGGGUCCUGCCGGGCUCGGAGGCCAGGCCCUGGACAGUGACUGUGAAGGUGGAGCUGAGGUGCACUUCCGGCGAUCCCGACGCUGUGCUCAUCUUGCAGGGUCCACCGUACGUGUCCUGGCUCAUUGACGCCAACCACAACAUGCAGAUCUGGACCACUGGCGAAUACUCCUUCAAGAUCUUUCCAGAGAAGAACAUCCGUGGCUUCGUGCUCCCCGACACACCGCAAGGCCUGCUGGGGGAGGCCCGGAGGCUUAACGCCAGUGUGGUAGCAUCCUUUGUGGAGCUCCCUCUGGCCAGUGCCGUCUCACUGCGGGCCAGCAGCUGCGGCGGUGGGCUGCAGACCUCACCCACACUUGUCCAGACCACCCCUCCCAAGGAGAGCUGCAAUCAAGAGCUGCUCAUGUCCCUGAUCCAGCCAAAGUGCUCUGAUGACAUCAUGACCCUGGUACUCAAGAAAGAUCUCAUCUCGACUUUGAGGUGCACCAUCACGAGCCUGACCUUCUUGGACCCCAGCUGCCGGGCUGAGGACAGAGAUGACCAAUGGGUCUUACGCAGCGCCUACUCCACCUGUGGCAUGGAACUGACAGAAAAUGUGGUCAGUAAUGAGGUGGUCGUCAACCUCCUGUCAAGCUCAUCACCACAGCGGAAAAAGGUGCAGUGCAUCAACAUGGAAAGCUUCUCCUUCCAGCUGGGCCUCUACCUCACCCCACAAUUCCUCCAGGCCUCCACCACCAUCGAGCUGGGGCAACAGGGCUUUGUGCAGGUGAGCGUGUCUCCAUCGAUCCCUGAACUCAUGCUCCAGCUGGACAGCUGCCAGCUGGAUUUGGGGCUUGAGGCAGAGACCGUGGAACUCAUCCAGAGCCAGGCAGCCAAAGGCAGCUGUGUGAGCCUGCUGUCCCCAAGCCCUCACGGUGAUGUGCGCUUCAGCUUCCUCCUCCGUGGCUACAUGGUGCCCACACCCAAGACUGGCACCCUCAGCUGCACCGUAGCUCUGCGUUCCAGGACUUGGUCCCUGGAAGUCCACAGGACUCUCUCCAUGCGCCUGAACAUCGUCAGCCCUGGCAUGCCCGGUGAGCGCUCUCCACGCAAAACACUCGUCCUGCCCGCUGUGCUGGGCAUCACCUUUGGCGCCUUCCUCAUCGGGGCCCUGCUCACCGCCACGCUCUGGUUCAUCUACUCGCACACGCGUGAGUAUCCCAGGCCCCCACCGUGAGUGCGCAGGACCCUCCACCACCGCCCGGGGGAGCCUGGCAAAGCCUCUGGGGGAGUGGGGAGCCCUGGCCGGGGCCCUGACCUCCGCCCCUGCCCCCAGGUCCCCCCAGCAAGCGGGAGCCCGUGGUGGCGGUGGCUGCCCCGGCCUCCUCAGAGAGCAGUAGCACCAACCACAGCAUCGGGAGCACCCAGAGCACCCCCUGCUCCACCAGCAGCAUGGCGUAGUGCCCAGCCCAGGGCCC